AUGCUGCGAGGGCAUCCGCGGUGGGACCCCAUGGUGCUUCCGACCCCUACCACGGUAGUCAAUACCAAACAGUAUCGGAUACCUGGUGGGCACGAGGAGAUAACCGCCACCAUUAAAGGAUUGCUCCAGACGGACAUCAUCCGUCCCGCCAUGAGCGCAUUUAACAGCCCCAUUUGGCCGAAAAAGGACGGAACCUGGCGCAUGACGGUUGACUACCGCAAUCUGAACAGGGUCACCCCAACCCUAAUGGCGGCAGUUCCCGAUAUAGUCUCCAUCAUGGAGCGCCUCGCAACACGAGUAGGGCAGUGGCAUGUGGUGGUGGACUUGGCGAAUGCCUUCUUUUCCAUCGCCAUUUCCCCGCAGAGCCAAGAUCAAUUCGCCUUUACGUGGGAGGACCGGCAGUAUACGUUCACCGUGCUGCCCCAGGGCUAUAAACAUAGCCCUACCAUCUGUCACCAGUUGGUUAGCGGAUACCUGGAGCAGGUGGCUGUCCCAGAUGGGGUGGUUUUGGAACACUAUAUUGAUGAUGUCCUACUGAGUGGGCCCCAUGAAACGGCACUUUCCGAGGCUAAGAACGAUGUUUUGCAGGAGCAGACUAUCAAGGAGUUAGAAGAACUUAUCCACUAUUACGGAACUCCCCUUGAAGUGCAGAGUGAUCAGGGAACCCAUUUCAUGGGGAUGGAAGUAAGAGAAUGGACUAGGGGGCUAGGAAUCGUGUGGGUGUUUCACAUCGCAUACCACCCGCAGGGCGCCGGGCUCAUUGAGCGCAUGAACGGUUUACUUAAAGAACAGCUACGCAAACUGUCCCCCACUGAAUCCCUGGCCGGAUGGAGUCAUAACCUGCGCCAGGCUGCAGCCGUGCUCAAUGACCGUCCGCUGUAUUGUUCCAUCCCAUAUGCCAGAUUUAAGGGGGAGGUCAUCGAGCGGCCCCGUGUGCUGCGAGUGCAGCGUCUGCACCCGCAAGCCCACCUCCCCAUUCGGGCCACUCCGGGAAGUGCUGGUCUUGACCUACGGGUCCCUCAGGAGAGCCUUACUCUGCAGCCUAAUAGCCGAAACCUCAUGAGUAUUGGCUUAGCCAUUGGACUCCCACAAGGCUAUUAUGGGCGCAUUGCCCCAUGCAGUAGCCUGGCCCUCAAGGGCAUAGAUGUGGCAGCGGGAGUGAUUGACGCUGACUACACGGGGGAGGUUAAGGUGCUUUUGAUGCACAAUGGCCCGCAGGCAAUAAUCCUCUCCCAAGGCGAGCGGGUUGCACAGCUGAUUUGCGAGCGCAUUGGAUUGCCUGAAGUGCAGGAAGUGGAGGCGCUUACACCCACCACUCGAGCGGGGGGUUCAGCUCGACUGGGCGUGCAGUUUGGGUCCAUGACCCCACCAAGCAUAACCCGCUUGAAGGGGAAAUCGUAG